CCGCCGCCGCCGAGCUGCUGCUCAGCGCCUUUUGCAUGAAGAUGGCGGCUCCCACCGCCAGCAAGGCAGCCUCCCUGGGCUGUAACAACAAGCCUUCGUUCCCGGAGCUGGAUUUCAGGUCCGGAGCUCGGGUGGAGGAAUUGAACAAACUCAUCCAAGAAUUCACGAAGCACGACCAACGGGAAUACGACGACCAGAGAGCGCUGGAGAUUCACACAGCCAAGGAUUUCAUCUUUUCCAUGCUGGGGAUGGUACAAAAACUGGACCAAAAACUUCCAGUGGCCAAUGAGUACCUGUUGCUUUCUGGAGGUGUCCGGGAAGGCGUGGUGGACCUGGACUUGGAUGAGCUGAAUGUCUAUGCCCGGGGGACUGACUAUGAUAUGGACUUUACUCUUCUGGUGCCAGCCCUGAAGCUGCAUGACCGGAAUCAGCCUGUGACCCUCGAUAUGCGCCACUCAGCCUUGUGCCACUCUUGGCUAAGCCUCCGGCUCUUUGAUGAAGGGACGAUCAGUAAGUGGAAAGACUGCUGCACCAUCGUCGAUCACAUCAACGGUGCUACCAACUACUUCUUCUCCCCAACCAAAGUGGCCGACUGGUUCUAUGACUCCAUCAGCAUUGUCCUGUCAGAGAUCCAGAAGAAGCCCCAGCGAGGGAUGCCAAAGGUGGAAAAGGUAGAAAAGAACGGGACCAUCAUCUCCAUUAUUCUGGGCGUGGGCAGCAGUCGCAUGCUCUACGACAUUGUCCCUGUGGUAUCCUUCAAAGGUUGGCCUGCGGUUGCCCAGAGCUGGCUGAUGGAGAAUCACUUUUGGGAUGGAAAGAUCACCGAGGAAGAGGUUAUCAGUGGGUUUUACCUGGUACCCGCUUGCUCCUACAAGGGAAAGAAGGACAACGAGUGGCGGCUGUCCUUUGCCAGGAGUGAGGUACAACUGAAGAAGUGUAUCUCUAGCAGCCUCAUGCAGGCCUACCAGGCCUGCAAAGCCAUCAUCAUCAAACUCCUGUCCCGGCCCAAGGCUAUUAGUCCCUACCACCUGCGGAGCAUGAUGCUCUGGGCCUGUGACAGACUUCCUGCCAACUACUUGGCUCAAGAAGACUAUGCAGCCCACUUCUUGCUGGGCCUCAUCGAUGACCUGCAACACUGUCUCGUCAACAAGAUGUGCCCCAAUUAUUUCAUCCCUCAGUGCAACAUGCUGGAGCACCUGUCGGAGGAGACGGUCAUGCUCCACGCCCGGAAGCUCUCCUCCGUCCGCUCAGACCCGGCAGAGCACUUGCGCACGGCCAUCGAGCACGUCAAGGCGGCCAACCGGCUGACGCUGGAGCUGCAGCGAAGGGGCAGCACCACCAGCAUCCCCUCCCCGCAGUCUGACGGAGGGGACCCCAACCAGCCCGAUGACCGCUUGGCCAAAAAACUGCAGCAGCUAGUGACUGAGAACCCGGGGAAGUCCAUCUCUGUCUUCAUUAACCCCGAUGAUGUCACACGACCCCAUUUUAGAAUUGAUGAUAAAUUUUUCUGAGCGUUUUGCUGACUGUUUCUUUUGUUUUCCUCCCGUUUCUUGGUUCUAAAACUCUCCUAACCUGCAAUGUGGUUUGUGAUGCUGUCUUUCCGUUUUUUUACAUAUCCAGCCUAGAUUGGAUCUGUUAAGAACACAUUUUACGUUUCCCGAUGGUGCAGGCUCUGGAACAGUACAUUACUAUUUCAUACUCUGCUGCUUAUUUUUGUUGUUGUUGUUACUGUUGUUUACUUUGUUGUUGUCACCUAGUUUGUUUGUUUUAAGGAGAACUUGAGCCAUAGAAGAAAAUGCACAGGAACCUGCUCAUAUUUUCCUUUUUUAUACUUUGUGCAAAUUUGCUAACGGGGCUGGGGAAACAAAUGUCCUUCUGACAUUUAAGUAUUUCAUUCUUUGUAUGGUUUGUUUUUAUUUUCUCCUCAAUGAGUUUCAUCACCAUAGACAUUUGAGAGCGUUGUCUGAACCUGGGAAUUACUGGCAUAUUAGCUGGAUUUAUUUCUUUUGCCCAGUGGCCAGGGAUGUUUCCUUCUUUUUCACCAAACGUUGUAGACUUGGAGUGUGAUAAUGCUACAAAUGGUGUUUUGGAGCAACUUCAUUGAAUGUAAUUGUCCUUGAGUCAGAACCUUGGAUGGUUUCGGAGGGUGUAUUUGACAGCUUUCCAGCCAGAAUGAAGGUUUUCCAAUGUUAGGUUUUAGUCUGUGUACUUAUUUGAAGCCUUAUUUAAAUCCUAUUGAAGAACAUACCAUUAUAAUUGUUAUUUGCACUAAUGAAAUCCUUUCCAUUGUCAGAGUCCCACCGUGUACAUUUCAGUAGGAAUUAACAUCUACUAUUGAUAUGCUAUCAUUUUUCUUUCCCAUUUUACCCAAUCAACAGAAUGAUUUUCUGCUUUGUUUUAGUUCUCCUUCAAUUGUGGGGUCCCCUGUUGCCCUCUUUGAUUUUCUGUUUCCUUGUCUUACUGAGAGAAGUUUUUAAAGCUUUAUACCUGGUGAUUGACUUUACCUAAAGCUUGGAAAAAUAUCUACGUGCUAAAAUAGGUGUCUUUGUAUUUAUUUCUCUCUUACCUUUAUAGAGGUAAGCUUUUUUGUAAAGUCUCCUUCCCUUUACUGAGGAGUUUUGAGGAAAACUGGCAGGAAGAAUUAUAAUCCCCAAAUUGAAGGUGUCAUGCCUGUUAGAAAGCCGACUUGGCCGUACAGCAGAAACCGGGAAAUCUCUGGAUGGCAGCCUUGGUGGAGAGGUGUCCUGUCUUCAUGAAUGAAAUUUGCUUGCCAGGUUUAGGUGCCACAAGGCAUUGGCUCCGUGUUUUGAUGUGGACUCAUGGCAAGCUGGUGUCUGAGAGGUCAGGUGCCUGCUGAUCUCUCAAUGGAUGCCCGUGAUGUCUACGGUUAGAAAGGCCAGGCAACGUUUUGGUUUUGAUCUUGAAUGUCAAGACUUAUACAUUGGAUUUUGGCUGAUUGAAACCAGGCAUAUGUGGUCUUGGGUUUUUGCAUGGGAAUUAAUGUAAUGCUUAUAAAUGAAAAUGAAAUCAUUCAACCAUCUUAAGUCAAACACAAAAAUAAUAAUAAAAAAAGAAACAUACCAGCCUUGGAAUUUUGUUGUUGUUGCUAGUUUAUAGUCUGGAAAUCUUUCUCUUAUUAGCAAUGCUAAUAAUCAUUUUCAGUAAAUACAGCCCACACCAAACCCGUUGCCAUCAAGUCGAUUCCAACACAUAAUGACCCCAUAGGACAGAGUAGGGCUGCCCUAUAGGGCUUCCAAGGAGAAGCAGGUUCAUUUGAACUGCUGACAUUUUGGUUAGCAGCCAAGCUGUUAACCACUGUGCCACCAGGGCUCCCAAUACAGCUGUUGUCAUGUAUAGUGAACUUCCAGCAUUCAUUCUUUCCUUUCCCCAGAUUUUCCUACUAGUAUCUCCCUAUCCUCCAAAGAGCUUACAUCCUUCUCUGGAAAUGAUUCAUCCCCAGCUCGACUGCAUUCUGCUCGACGUAAGCCAAUCACCGCAAACCAUUUCCUGGGCCACAGUCAUUAACUAGGGAUUGGGCGUGUGGUGUAAGCUGCUCCAAUCAGGGAGAUGCCCAGGGUUUGAGCGUGGAAUGCUGGGACAGAAGCAUGUACUCUCCCUGGGAUAUGAAAAAGGAAGCACUUGGUGUCUGUCACUACUGACAACUAUCACACAACCUUGACUCGAGCCAGCCUUAGUUAAAGUUGACAUUGGAUAAAAAUCAUAAGCACCAGACCAUACCGCCCCCCUCCCUCCCAAGUCUGGUGUCUUUUCUCUCACCAGGCUUUCUAGUUAAGCAAGUCAGCAAAUGCCCUCUGAUUUUAGCCACUUUGUGUUUGAAUCAAUUCAUCCAAAUAUUUAAGCUGGUAUACCAAGCUACUUUAGCAUGUUUAAACUUUUGCAGUUGAUGUGUGUCUCCUUUCUUUGUGGGGAUGGGAAUCAGAGGUACCCGUCUGUUUUAUCUAAGAACUGGGUAAUGCUCUCUGAUUUGACUAGCCCAAAGACUGUCAUAGCCUCUAGCACUAAUAGCUUCUUAACAUUUAUUAUACCUUGGCCAUAAUGUUAAAAGAAAUGUUAAGCAUAUCCACAUAGCUGUUUUCAACUAUAAACUGCCCUAACUGCUUCGAAUUGGUAUCUCCAGUAUCAUUAGCAAUAUUUGCAAUAUUUUAAAUGCUGUGGUUUCAGACAAAAUGUUAUUGCAAAAGUGGUAAGAACCUAGCUUCAGAGAUCCUCAUAGUACAUUUUCCCCUUGGUUCCAUGCUACCUCUAGAACUAGUGGAGAGCUCUUUACAAAAUUUUGAUUAAACUUGACAAAAAAGUCCAGAGGAC